UCCACUUACCUUGGGAAGGGGACUAUGAAAGAAGUGUUGGAGAUACCUGAGACGAGCAAAGUUCAGCGCUCGCUUUCGUUCAACGGGGAGACCGAGAAGAAGGAUGACGUGGGUGUCGAGGAAAAGGAUGGUGAAGGGACGAAGGAUCAAUUGGAAGAGGAUGUUGAUGAUGUAGAGAGUGUCCCUUCACUUAAUCUAUCAGAAGAGAAGGUCGUUGUUCCAACUAAGGUGGUUGUUUCUGAUGAUUCGUUUGAGGUUAUGAACUUUUGGGGAGAAGAUCUCCCCGCUAUUGUAAAAGAGGAAGUUGAGCAGACCGUGAAGGAUGAUUUUGAUGAUGCUGCGUUCGAAAGAUUCAAAGAAUCUGGAGGGAAGGUGAUUGGUCCGUUCACUGUGAAGAAGGGUUACUCAAAUCAACAGUACGAGUUGUUCCGUUACAUUUUCUCUAGCGCCAAUGAUCCGAGUGAAGUGUUAGCCCAUUUUGGGAAGGUUGAGGUCGAGCGGAGGUUUUUCAAAUGCAUGAAACCGGAGACCGAUAUAUCAAACAGUGUCAUUGAUUGCUUUGCUCAAAUCAUGAAUUUUCGAGAGAAGAAGCGCAACGGCAUUGGAAGAAAGAGAACUUGGUUUAUGCCCACCAGAAUUUCGGUAUGAAAUUUGAUAUUUAAAAGUGGACAUGAAUCUUUUGUAUUUGUGCUGUAAACUUUGUUAAAUCUAUG